GCGCACGGCCGGGCACGCUGGGACGGCUGGGGGCGGAGCCGGGGCCGCGCGCGGGCCGGGCGCUGGGGGUCUCUGCCUGCAGCAUGCUGCGCCUGCGGCAGCUGCACGAGGCGGCCCUGAGGCGGCUCCUCGCGCCCGCCGGCGGCGCCGCCCCCAAGCCCAAGGCCUCCGAGGUGCUGAGCCGGCACCUGCGGCAGCGGGGCCUGCCGCACUGGACCUCCUACUGCGUGAAGUACAGCGCCGUGCGCAACGACCAGUUCGGCCUCUCGCACUUCAACUGGCAGGCGGACGGCGCCAACUACCACGUCCUGCGCACGGGCUGCUUCCCCUUCAUCAAGUACCACUGCUCGCGGGCCCCGCGCCGCGACCUGGCGCUGCAGAACGCCGCCUUCACCGCCCUCAAGCUCCUCAACGCGGGCAUCCCAACUUUAUUAUAUGGAAUUGGCUCCUGGUUUCUUGUUAGCGUCACAGAGACUGUCCACACAAGUUGUGGCCCAGUUACUAUUUAUUUUCUGAAUAAAGAAGAUGAAGGUGCCAUGUACUGAAAUUGUGCAUUCAAGCACUCUCAUUUGGUACUAGCACAAUGGAUGAGGUUUGGCCUGAGAGAGCCUUGAGGAGUUUACUGGUGCGGAACAGAGACUGGUAUGGCUGGGAGCUGACAAGUCUGAUCAUCAGCAAAACUCAUUCUUGUCGAGGUCAAGGGGUGGCACACAGUGGCUCACAGCUCUAGGUAGCCCCAGCAGCAUGUUACAACAUGCAAAAGACUUUUUUUAAAGGAUAAAAUCACUAAUAUGACCAAUAUAAUUAACUGAUGCAAAAUACAACAUACAUACUCUUAUUGCAAAUUAUUUGUAAGCAGUAAACUGUUUCAUGCUUCAUGAAGGAAAUAUGUCUGCUUGUCUAAAAGAAACACUAAAUAAAACUUUAGUCAAAGGAGCACUUAUUCCAGUGUAUUUAGUACUGAAGAAUAUUCUUGACACAAGUUGAAUAAAUAGUUACAUACAGCUUCAUUAAUAAUAAAACUCACUAUUAGCAUUUUGCUAGAAUAGCUAGAACUGAUUUCCUCUGUAAUGAGCAAAAGUUAAAUAACUACAGCUCAUAAGUUUGAAGUCAAAUACUGCUCAUUCAUUGCAACUGAUCUUGUCAAUACUUUGCUGUAAAGGUUUGGUCUCAACAUGAGGCUGAUAAAAUGGUUUUUAAUUACCAGACUAUAAAUACAGCUUUUCAUUGGAGUUGAACCUCCAUUCACUGCAGCUUGUUUGAUUUCUGAUAAUGUGUACUGCUGACUUUGCUUACCUGUUUUUCAAUAAAUGCAGGCAACGUGACUCCUUGCCCAUACAGUGAUGGGCAAGUCUCCUUAGAGAACAUCUUUGACAAACUACCCUAUUGAUCACUGCAAUUCUGUGCUGCUAGUAGCAUUAAAUAGAGACUUGAUUUCUUGUUCAAUGCUCUCACUGUGUAACAAUUAAGCAAAUGUAAUAUUUUCUUGUAUUACAUGAAAAUCAAUAGACCUCUUGCUCUUGUGGAGUUGAUCAUGGUGAAGAAUGAACUGGAAGAUGGCUGAGGGCAAAGUUCAAAUAUAAUAUCAUUCAUUGGAUUCAUUAAGACUUGUUGCGUAAGAGCUGUUGGAAUACUUAGAGGAAAAUAUGCUAUUCAUAAAGGGUAGUGCUUUUGUUUACACAAAUGUUUGAGACAUUUAAGUAAUGGUGAAUCACUAUUUUAAUUUAAUUUUAAACAAAGAUUUAUUCUUUAGUCAUGGUCUGAGUUAAAAGUGAAAACACUGUUGAGGGACAAGCUAUGUCCCAAGAGUGCUUCUCAUCUGGAAAGGCUGGUGACCUUGGUGAUAACUUUGGGUAUGGUUCUAGGCCCAAAGAGGAACUUCAGAAGAUCUCUUGUGCAGUCCUGCCUAUGAAAUGAUCUUUGUAAGAGACUAGAAAUCAUAGAAACAGCAGGUAAGGAUGGAUGGAUAAUACUGAAUUCUAUGACGUCUUGGCAUUGGGAUCUUAUCAAACCUUUACUUCAUUGGGAAAACCAUCAAUUUAGGUACUUGUCUAGUUCCCAUCACCAUCAAUUCUGGUUCUCCUUGCAUCUAGGUCAGCUCCUACACAGACAAUCAUCUGAGAGGGAACCAGGGAGUUACAUUUUAAGGCUUUGCAAAUCCAUGUGCCUGAAACAUGGGGAGGGAUCUCUGGGUUGUUUCCUGUAAGGGACCUUUGUAGUCCAUAGGGCUAACUUGCCUUUAUUAUAUUCACUGCCUUGCCUUCUUGUAUAGAACUAUAUAGUGAUUUUAAUAAUAUUAGGCCCUGCUCUUGAGACAGGAACCUGUUAACCAUCAAAGUGAUAACUGGGAAUUCUUAAGUAAUCAAUAUAAUUAAUACAUAAUCUAUAGAUUGGGUUACAUCUUAGGGACAAGGUGUGUCAUCUAAAAGUGGGCAUAGAUGAAUUCCUAGACUCUCUAUACUGGUUGCUAUCACUACCUAUCCCUUUGGGAAUAUCCUGGUGUAGCAAACAGACUGGAAGAUGCGUUGUAUAGAAAGUGAAGACAAGUGAACUCAUGAAAUUGCUCAUGACAGAGUCUGAUGGCAACAUGCAGAUAAGCUUUUUUCAGGUCACUGAUUUCAGAAGGUCUACUGAGAGUGAAAUCUAGAGUCUCCACUCAGAAUUUUGUCUUCCUCAUCUAUCUGUUUGAGCAAUUGAAGUCUAAAGUGGCCCUAAGUCCUCCAAACCCUUUUUCCAUACUAUAGAGUGGUGAACAUCUCUUGUCUUGAAAGACCAGUGAAAUCUCUUUCGGGAUAAUUUGAAGUUUCUUGGCAUCUCCUGAUAUUGGAUAGGGCAUGGAGAAAGGAUGCAGAGUAGCCUGCUAUUCCAGAGAAUAUGCAAGCUCCACUGUCUCCAGGAUUUAUCUGUCUAAAGUUGCCUGGGUCCAUAUGCAUGAGAAGGGCAAUAUUGAUAUUGGUAUUAUGGCGGGGCCAGUGGAUUGGGAAUGCUAUCUACUAUGGGUCUGAUCCAAAAACUCAUUCAAGUAAAUGGGUGUCUGUUGACUUCAAUAGGCUAUAUAGAUCAGCCCUGGAGAGCUAGAGGGUAGGGGGUUGAGCUCUAAAUAAUAUCAUGUGGAGAAUAUGGUUGCUGCAUUCCUUCUUUCCCACGCGGUGGUGUUGGGCACUUGCUCGCUGUCCUGAAGGGUGCUCUAAUGUUGAGUUCCAUUUUGCUUCCUCUCCUUUUCAAUGUAUUUAUGGGCCUGUGGGAAGGUUAGCGAGGAGGCACUGUGCUAUUGUGAUUUUAGUAUGCUGAUGACACAGAGUACUAUAUUUCAUCCAACCCAGUAAGUGUUGUCAAAUGUUUUACCUAGUGUGUGGUUGAGAUUGGAGCAUAGAUGAAUUAGCUGGUUGAAACCCAGUCCAGACAGAGGGGAUGAUGGUAAAUUGGAGGCAGCACCUAGAAGAUGUGGUGAGGAUAAUAGCUGACCCUCUUAAGAGUGAGUGACCUCCAUUUGUUAGUUUGCAGUUUGGGGGUAUUAGAAGAUCCUAAGUUGCUGUUAGAAAGGCAUGUAGCAGUAGUUUGUAGGGAGGCCUUUUUUAUGUGGAUCUGGCUAGGGUUUGACUUAAUCUUUGGUUAAUUAUUUUUUGAUUAGGGAGCAAAUGGAGAUGCUUUACUUUUUUAUGUGACAGGUUUCAGAGUAGCAGCCAUGUUAGUCUGUAUUCGCAAAAAGAAAAGGAGUACUUGUGGCACCUUAGAGACUAACAAAUUUAUUUGAGCAUAAGCUUUCGUGAGCUACAGCUCA